UUAGGUAACAUGUCUUAUUGAUCUUCUCCUAGAUUCUAGACGUAUUUCAUUCCCAAGUAGGUAGCUGGAAAACCAUUCGAAAUUAAGCCACAAAUUUCGAGUCACUACUGAAGUACUGACCUCUCACUGUAAUCCUUUUUGAGAAAAAAGAAACGUGUCAAGGCCAUGUCCAGAGGGAUGACCAUGGGCUUUGCCCGGCUAAUCAAUCCGGGCGUGGUGCUCCAUCCGGAGAUUCAACAGAAGAUAGCCGUCUUUGAGGCCAUGGGGGCAGAACGAUCGCAGCUGGAAGGUGACCUGGGUCGAUUGCGUCGCAAACAAGAAGAAACCGAGGACAACUUGGCCGAUGCUCUGGCCGAAGAUGAGUUCCAAUGCAAUCUGCGUGGCCAGCAGUAUACGGGUCCCGGCGAGGACGAGCUGCAGGACAUACUCAAGAGACACCUGAGCGGCAUCAUUGAAAAGCUGGCGACCAAGUAUGAACGCAUCAUCAACCUGGACAGCGAUAUCAGGAAGCUGAAGGGCACCAUCGAAAAGGCAAUUGCCACGGCCAAUGAGGAAUCGGCUGCCGCUGCCUCCCAGUGAAGUGAUUUUUCACUCUUUUUCCCAGCCAUUUCCCUUCAAAUUUUCGUUUGAUUUAAAGCAACUUGUGGCUUCUCCAAGGAAAUGCUGACAA